CACACGAAGAGAGAGAGAGAGAGAGAGAGAGAGUCUUGGGUUUGAGGGAUCAAUGGGUUCGUCUUCAGGGCAAAGCAGUGGCGGCUAUGAUUACGCCUUCAAGAUUUUAUUGAUCGGUGAUUCCGGCGUCGGAAAAACCAGCCUCAUCGUCAGCUUCGUCUCCGACUCCAUCGAACCUCCUCUGCCCACCGUUGGUAUGGAUUUGAAGUUCAAGCUGCUCACAGUAGGUGGCAAGAAAUUGAAGCUCACAAUUUGGGACACUGCUGGACAGGACAAGUUCAGAACAUUAACACACUCUUUUUAUCGAGGUGCCCACGGAAUUAUUCUUGUUUAUGACAUAACGGUUAGAAGCACCUUUACAGCCAUAUCAGAUUUCUGGUUUAAAGAAGUGGAAAUUUACACUACAAAUCCGAAGUGUGUCAAGAUGCUUGUUGGAAAUAAAGUUGACAGAGAUUCUGAAAGAGUUGUAAGUCAAGAGGAGGGAAUCGCACUAGCAAAGGAGCUUGGAUGCUCAUUUUUCGAAUGUAGUGUUAAAACUAGAGAAAAUGUGGUGCAAUGCUAUGAAACGCUUGCAUUAAAGUCUGCUUCAGUGAAGUUCUGCUUGCUAUGGUUUUAG